CGUCAAGCUCAAGGAUUAUCUAAGUGGAACGGUAUUAUGUAACGAACGCUGAUUCUUAUUUUGUCGCGCGAAAUGGUACCGAAAGUGCUUUUAAUUGUUGGCCUAUUCGCCUUCUUCCAUUUACGUAACGGUCGGGGCGAAAAUCACGAAGACGUAUUCGAGUGCAGCGAAAAUGGCACGUAUGUUUUAGACGGGGCCUAUCCCUGCCAGUGCAUCGCCCAAUUGAAUAACACGCUGAACUGUGACCUAUCCAAGUGUCCAGAUGAACCGGUGAUACGCAUCAAUUGCAUAGUCGGGUCCAGUUGGCAAGACGGUUGCGGCAAGUGCUGGUGCAGAAGCAUUGGAAGGGUGUGCUCUUAUGAUGAUUGUCACAAGGAGAAGAACUAAAAAUUUCCGUUCAAUGAUGUUAGUGGAAUUCAGUGCUUAGUUAUUUAGAGACAUUUUUGUUAUCUUGACCCUUAGGACAGCGAUAAUGGGGUCACACGUUCUCAUUGCGGUUUAUACUUUGCUUUAACUAGUUCAAAGGUUACAACCGGUCUACAGCCUAGGCAGGAAUCAUCACAGAAUUUGUGCACAAGCAACUUCUACACAAGAUCUGUAAAGAAAAUACUUAGAAUGUACACGUAAUGUACAUAAAACUUACCCGCGCAGUGUAAAUUUAGCUAGGGCUUUCGAAGGAUCGAGAUAUAAUUAUAGGACGUUCAUCGCUUUCUAAUAAAUAAUAAACUUAUGGAAUAAG